AGGGUCACGUGACAGCUACAUCCGUCACGUGACCCACAGUCUGUGCGGCCGUGUUGACCGGACUCCUCUGUCCUCGGCGCACCGUCCGUGGCCGCUGUUCGUUCGCCGACGCCCCACUGAGCGCACGGAGGAUGCAGUUCCGCGCAGACGAGGCCGCGGUGGUGGAGAAGGCCGUGCGGCUCGCCGUAGAGUCGGUCAUGAACGUCCUGAGCGCCGUCAACAGCGCCCGAACCAACGAGCUACAGCGGCUGGUGGCGGACAAAGAGCAGGAAAUCAGGAGGCUGGAGGAGCGAGUGCGGGAGGCCGAGGGGGAACUGAGGCUCCUGCGGCGGUGGUGGUCCCCCAACGGAGCCCCGGAGCAGAGCGGCGGGGACCCGGAGAACAGCGCGGAGCAGCGGGAGUGUGAAGUGCGAGUCUCCCUGGCUCUGAUGACUGGAUCACCUUCUCAAGAACCUACCGAUGGAAUGGAUCUGGACCAGACCUGCUCAUCCAAAGACCGGACUGUGUCUGUGCCUGUUUCCCAGCCGCUCCCUUGUCCCCCGGAAUCACCUGUCCAAAAAGUGCCCCUCUGUCCCCCAGAAACACCUGUCCAAAAACUGCCCCUCGGCUCCCCCGAAGGACAAGUCCAGCAACCGCCCCUUUGUCCCUCUGAUGUCCCUCAGGAGCCAAACUGUCCCUCUGAUGGACGUGCCCUACAGGAGACGCAGUGUCCUGUAAACAGACAGGUCAAACAGGAGGCGCUUUUUCCCAGUCCAGCACAGAUAAAGCAAGAGCCCUUCUGUCCCGAUUAUGGAUAUGUCCAACAGGAGGACAGCCCUGCAGUCUUUCUUCAGAGGGACAUGAGUGAGGAGGUGUCCCCCAGUGUCCAGGAUAUUUUAGGACACUCCGAGCUGUGGCAGAGUGUGUCCCUUGGAGCUGAGGACGUCCCUGUUACUGUGUCUGUCCCCCAUUCUGUGCCUGGCCUGAGGGGGAGCAGAAAGACCACCUUGGCCAGGAGAGACCAGUCGGAGGAGGCCAUGCGGCGACGCAGAGCUUCGUGGAGAGCGGCGUCCCGAAGGUAUUACGCCCGCAAGAUGGCCCGCCUCCACACCCACACGGCCAACAGCUCCGGCCCAGGGACCUCGGUUCCUCUGUUUCCCCCAUGUCCCGGGCCCCAGGGGAACAUGAUUGUACAGUUACACAGCCAGCCACACAGCCAGCCAUGGGGUGUGUCCUCCAGGGGGUACUCCUCAUGUGAAUUGGUUCAGGACCCCCUCAGACAUCCCCAGGACCCUCAAAGACCCCCUGCUCACAGCUGAUGGUAACUUAUGAACUUUAGGACAAAGACGAUUUUUGAAGUCAUCUCAGCGAACAACAGUCAUGACAUUUACUUGCACAAUCAACUCUUAAAGACACUGUACCUGAUUUUUCCUUAACAAUGUGGAAAACAGAACUAGUUAAUUUUAAAGGUCCUGUUUUAAGUAAAAUUGACUCUUGAGGUUUAAGCCAUGUCAUAAUAUUCCCCAAAACACACCUGGAGUUGUUUUAUUUCAUUCACACAUGUUUGAGUGACCCUGCAUUAGUUUAGUCUGUACAUCUGCCCAGCACAAAACGCUCUGUUCCACCUUGUGAUGUCACGUCGUGGUAGUUUUCAAGUUAACAGCUCCUUUUACCUUUAGUUCAGUAGAGAUCGGAAAUUCCAGGGUUGAAAUGAUCCAAAUGAAGCUGUGUGGAGUUUAAAAACACAAUGGACUGCUUCUCGUAUGACCACAUGACAUCACAAGUGUUUUCUGUUUGAGAAAAGAACUCAGCCUAAAUCUGCAGGUUUGUGCGUUAAAAAUGUGUGAAUGAAACAAAACACAACUCCAGGUCUGUUUGUGAUGAGGAAACAUUAUAAAAUAGAUCAGGUCCAUGGUGUAAAAUGAGCAGUUUAAACUUACCUCAUUCAUUCUGAGCAUCCUAAUUAUUCACCGCGAAGAGUUUUUCAGCAUUUUUCACAACUGUAAGACCAGAGCGGAGUUUUGAUGCUAACUUGCACUUCCUGAUCAUCGGACAAUAACAUAAUUUGACACAGACAUUACACAACAGACUUAUUUUGACCUCAAGAGCUGCUUAUACGUACAUAUAUCUGCACUGGGGCCAGACAUUUUGCGCAGAUACAAGGGGAAAAAUCAGGUACAGGAUCUUUAAUUCUGCUCUGGAUCAGAUUUUUGUCUCAUUUCAUUAGAGAACCAGUCACAGCACACACGUCUCAGUCUGCAGCAGGUCAGGUGAGUACAGGUGGGAGCCACAUAGAAAAAUUUAUAUUUAAAUUGUUUUGGGUGCAUGCGAAAUAACAGUAGAAUUUUCAUGUUGUCUACAAUUAAAACUAUACCAGUGUAAUUCUCCAAACGCCCCCUCGCUUUUCGGACAUGUUAGCUCCAUUGAUGGACAAGUAUAGACUAGAUUUAUCCUUUUUUAGUUGCUCUUCUGUGUCGCCAAAGUUCUUCACGGUGCAUCAUUUCUCACUCACCUCAUUCGCACAAGGCAAGAUGGGUGAAGUGUCUUGCCUAAGGACACAACGACAAUUUCCAUCCAGGUACUAACCAGACCCUGCCCCACUUCGCUUCAGGUGUGGGGCGUUGAGGAGCAGGUACAGCCUCCAGGGACGCGGUGAAAUAUCAUUGGUCAAAAAUAAAAACGACUUGUCCAUGUGAUCACAGCCGCCUCAUAAACUUUAAUAAGAGAAAUGUCAAAUCUCUGUUAUAUGAAUGGUUUUGUUUAUCUUUGCUUCCUGUAUUUAUUAAUUUUGUGAACCUAAAUAAGAAUAAAUAUUUCUGACGU